CUUUCAUACACUCGAUCACCCAAAUGGUAUUAUGGAACGCAUUGAUCACCCUGACCCUUGUAGCAGCCUUUUUGAACCCUGAAAGCGUCUAUAUGGCCACCUGCCAGCUACAGGUGGUCAUAACGAAUUUAAUCGAGGAGGUGCGACUCAAAAAACGGUCGGUCGCCUCGGUGUUCCCUCAACUCCUUUUGGUGAGUGGAAGACUGAUCGUACUUAUGGUCCUGAUUAUAGCAAACUGCAUUCUGGGAGAAACUAUCAGUAAAACGGACAAGACAGUGACAACCACAGCCACAGCUAUAAAGCAAGUCCAACAACUAGCACACCCUCUACCGACGGAAUCCAUCCAGGCUGUUGUGGAGUCGGUGAAGGAGAAGAUCGAUAUCCCAGGCAUCCCAGCUUCGGAUGAUCAUCAUGACGGCAUCAUUGAUCCGCCGCCAGUGGAUACCCAGUCUAUGGCAUCUGGAACAGACGAUACCCUCGAAAACACCUCUGAAUGCAGUGAGAAAACAGAGCAUGACGCUGCAGAACAAAUGCAGACUUCGGCGCUGAAGGGCGAAAACGGCAAUUCCGAUCGGACGGUUGUUGAUCCACAUGAUAUAAAGAACUCAGAACUACCCGUUCCGCUGGAAGGUAUCAAUCGGGUUGAUCCGUCUAAAAAUACGAGCGAAAAUGUCACAGAGGCACAACAAGAUGUUCCGCCCCAGCAACAGUCCAAUAGUCAAAUCAAACGCAGAUCCUUAUUACUACCGGAGUUGAAACCCCCAAGGCAAUCGAUGGAAAAGCCACGACGUAAGUUCUCUAUUGUUCAACGAACCAACGAAACGUCAGACUCCAAACCCAAAAGGCUACUUUCCAUAUUCAAAAAGCGCUAAAAAAAAAAAAAGACCUCCCAUUCUUG